AUGGCCUUGUCAGCAUACAAGACCAUCCAAACCUGGAUUGCUCAACAGCUGGAGUACGAAACUAUGCACGGCUCUCCCGCACCGCUGACAGACGCACAACGGAAAUUGCUCGAGAAGCUUCAAGCUGUUUUACCUCCUGUUACACCACUUCUACCCGAACCCGAGCUAGGGGAUGCUAAUUGGAUCGGCAUACUAUUAGAAUACCGUGCUGCCAAUCAAAGAGUACCUAGUAACGUUCCCGGCGGUGAUUUUACGGAACAACCAGGGCCAGUCGUAUAUGGAGUCCUGAAAUGGCAUUGUCAAGUGCGUAUUGACGAGCACUCGGAGCCAUUCCCUGGGCCGGAUGGUGGCUUAUACCCAGACGGAACGAUGCCAUCUUUCGCACGCAAGAAAGAUGCCAAGAAAUAUGCUGCAAAAUGUGCUGUUGAAUGGCUCGGCGAAAAUGGAUACAUGCGUCGACUCAAUGUUAACAGCGUAAACCCGCCUCCAGUUCCAGGGAAACCGCCGACUCCACAACCUUCGCCGGCUAGGAAGAAGCAGAAGAUUAUGCCGUCUCCACCGGAGAACCCUCAAGACUCUGCUCCCAGUCCUCAGCCAAACGAAGAUCCGGAGAGCCUCUUACCUAAAGGGAUUGCCUCCACUUUCAACAAGGACGAGGUCUCACCCGUUUUUGAAGUUGAGCGACUUUGUACUCGACUUGGCUUCCCUGGCUUUCCUCGGUUUAAGGUCACGGAGAGCAAGAUGCUCGGCUUCUUUAAUGGCUUUCCAGACCUCGGGGCAUUGUCCUCGAAAUUACCCCCAGGCAUCGGCCAUGUAAAUGAUAUCUACGGCAAGAAGGCAGUUAGGGAGAAGAUUGCAGAAGAGUUGCUUGAGCCUCUGAAAAAGCUGGCUACACAGUCUGGACAGGCGGACAAACAAGCAGAGCCACAGAUUCCAGCCUAG